AUGCAGUCCAAUGGGGCUACAGAUGGAGAUCGCAGAGAAACACUUCAAUUCCAAGCCAAUAGCCUUUUCAAUCCCCAGCCCGCUCAGGCGGAUAUUUAUGUCUUCCGUUGGGUUAUGCAUGACUGGCCUGAUUAUUACGUGGUGGAAAUUACCAAGCAGCUCGUGCCUGCUCUUAAGAAAGGAGCGAAGGUUGUGGUGAACGAGAGCUUAUGUCCCGAGGCGGGGUCAUUACCGCUCGCUGUGGAACGAUAUACCCGAUGGAUGGAUCUUAUGAUGCUCUCCAUAAAUAAUGCUCGACUGCGUGAUGAAGAAGAGUGGCGAUCUUUGUUCCAGGAAGCCAGCCUCCAAUUUGGGCCUGGCCGAUCGUGA